AUGCACGUCCUCCGCACUCUCCUCACCGGCCUCACCGCCGCGGCCUCCAUCCCACCCGCAGCAGCGCAACCCGACAGCGGCAACAGCAACAACCAGGCGGACAACUACGUCACCUUCAACAACAAAAUCAUCUUCACCCCCUCGCGCAACUUCACCGACCCGCGAGUCCUCUACGCCCGCACUCUCGAGCUCUCCGACGGCACGCUCCUCGCCACCUGGGAGAACUACUCUCCCGAGCCCCCGACUGUCUACUUCCCCAUCUACGAGAGCCUCGACCAUGGCCAGACCUGGACCGAAAUCUCGCGGGUCCACGAUGCUGUCAACGGUUGGGGUCUGAGGUACCAACCUGACCUGUUCGAGCUGUCGAGGCCGGUCGGCGAGUUCCCUGCUGGAACUAUCAUCUGCUCGGGGAAUAGUAUCCCGACGGAUCUAAGCCGGACACAGAUCGAUGUUUAUGCUAGUCUGGAUAAGGGGAGGACUUGGGAGUUUGUGAGCCACGUUGCUGCUGGGGGCGUCGCUCGGCCUGUUAACGAGGAGGAUCCCGUUUGGGAACCCCAUAUGAUCAUGCACGAAGACACCAUCAUCCUCUACUACGCCGACCAACGGCCCCAAAACCACGGCCAAGUCACCUCCCACCAAACCACAACAGACCUCCGCACCUGGACCCCAGUAACCUACGACGCCAUCUACGACAACCCGGCCUCCCGCCCAGGCAUGCCGUCCGUCGCCCGCCUCCCCGACGGCCGCUACUUCUACGCCUACGAAUACGGCGGCGACCCCUCCUUCUCCAAUUACCAGUUCCCCAUCCACUACCGCAUCGCCGAGGAUCCCACCCAAUUUCGUGACGCGCCCGAUUUCCUCGUCUCUGGGAACGGUCGCCGAUCACCCACUACGGGGCCUUACGUGGUUUGGACACCCUGGGGAGGCGGCGACAACGGGACCAUCAUCCUUAGUGCGUAUCAGGGCGAGAUCUGGGCAAACCAGGCCUUGGGCGAUCCUAGAGCUUGGAGGUAUUACAGUGUUGGCCAGCCGAGUGCGUAUACUCGCUCGCUGAGAAUCUUCAGGGAUAGACCCGAGCUUAUGAUCAUUAUUGGGGCGGGUUACUUGCCGCCUAGUGAUAGUAAUAGGGUUAGUCUUAGCGUUGUCGAUUUGAAUCAGGUCAUUCGAUAG